AGAGAGAGAGAGAGAGAAAGAGAGAGAGAGAGAGAGAGCGGGAGCGGGGGGGUUAGGGAAGUAGGAGAAAGCAUUGCCGGAGCAUCGCAUCGCCGCAGGUGGAAAGGAUAAUGGGAGAGGAGGGGAAAAAGCCAGAGGAGAAGAAGGCUGAAGAAAAGAAAGCUGAAACCAAGGCGGAAGGGGAAAAAAAUAAGGCAGAAGAAGGGAGGAAAGAGGGUGGAAGUGGUGGUGUCGAACAAGGCGGCGGGGACGGGGGAAAGAAGGAAGGCGGUGAGGACGGAAAGGCAGAGUCAGCGCCGGCGCCUCCACCACCUCCGGAGGAGAUUUUAAUGAGGGUCUACAUGCAUUGCGAAGGCUGUGCCCGCAAAGUUAAGCGGAGUCUUAAGGGUUUCGAUGGAGUGGAAGAAGUGACGACGGACUGUAAAACGCAUAAGGUGGUGGUUAAGGGGAAGAAGGCGGCGGAGGAUCCUUUGAAGGUGGUGGAGAGAGUGCAGAAGAAGAGCGGUCGUAAGGUGGAGCUCCUAACUCCCCUGCCUCCACCGAAGCCGGAAAAGAAUGAAGAAGAGAAAAAGGAAGAGAAACCCAAACCGGAGGAGAAGAAGGAGCCGCCGGUUAUCUCUGUCGUGCUUAAAGUCCACAUGCAUUGUGAAGCCUGCGCGCAGGAGAUCAAAAAGAGGAUUCUUAAGAUGAAAGGAGUACAGUCGGCGGAACCGGAUCUGAAGGCCUCUCAGGUAACUGUGAAAGGCAUAAUGGACCCAUCAAAACUCGUAGAAUACGUCUACAAGCGAACUGGCAAACACUCCGUCAUCGUCAACUCCGACACGGCCGAAAAAAAACCGGAAGAAGCCGCCGCAUUGCCGGCUGACGGCAAAAACAAGUCCAGCGGCGGCGAUGAAAAGAAAGCCGGUGACGUCGCCAGCGAUGAGAAAAAGGCCGACGGUGAGAAAAAGGCCGAGGCUGGCGUAGUAGGGGAAGCUGGGGAAGAUAAGGAAAAGAAGGAAGGUGUCUCGCUGGAGGAUGCGGCGACCGUCGGAAAGGUCCUGGAGCUGAAGAAAAAUGAGUUUUAUUAUUACUAUCCGAGAUACCCGACGGAGUAUCAAUCGUACGCUCCGCAGCUCUUCAGUGACGAGAACCCGAACGCCUGCUCUGUUAUGUAAAAAAAUUAA